UCUAGGCCUAGUGGCGGGAUGGCGGGAGCAGAGGGCGGGGCGCCGGCUCGCGGUACGCCCGUGUCCGCGCGGUGCCUCCAAGUUGGUCCCCCGCCAGCUGUCGGAACUUUGCCCGCCCAGUCGUUUGGCGGAUAGAUAGAAUGGCAACCCAGGGGACAAUCGGAGCUCUUCCCUGGUAACCGCUGCUAAAUAUAGUCACAGCAGUGACCUGGGUCCUUCAUUUACGCAGUGCGUGCCGGGCGACAGUGCCAGGCCAUAGUUUGGCACUGUGGGAUAAACAAGAGCUGGGGUAGCAUGGAUCUACCGGUGGAUGGAUGGAAAUCCUACCUACUGGAGAAGUGGGCUUUACUCCCGAAGUCUGUGCAGGUCACGGUUUCUACAGCAGAGACUCUGAGUGACAUCUUUCUUCAUUGUUCUUCCCUUCUUCAACCUGAGGAUGAGAUGUUUUUGAAGCGACUUUCUAGUAGUUACUCGGUGGAAAAGGACUAUGAUGCUCCCCUUUUCUACAGAGAAGAAGGAAACAGAAAAUUCCAAAAAAAGGAAUACACAGGCGCUGCAGUGCUGUACUCUAAGGGAGUGUCUCAUUCAAGGCCUAACACCGAGGACAUUUCAUUGUGCUAUGCCAACCGCUCUGCAGCUCUCUUCCAUCUGGGUCAGUAUGAAGCAUGUCUUAAAGACAUAGUGAGAGCAGGUAUGCAUGGGUAUCCCGAAAGACUGCAGCCCAAGAUGAUGGUGCGUAAGACAGAAUGCCUGGUGAACCUGGGGAGACUCCAGGAAGCAAGACAGACCAUCAGUGAUCUUGAGAGCAGCCUUGCUGCCAAGCCAGCCCUGGGGCUUUCCUCUCCUCAGGCUCUGCAAAGGAAUGUGCAGCAUCUGAAAAUGAAAAUCCAAGAAAAGGAAAUUCUCCCAGAAUCCUUCCCUACAGCUCUCACCAGUGCCUUUGAGGAUGUGACCCUGGGGGAAGAGAACAGACAGAUUUCUGGGGCAUCCCUCUCUGUCAGCUUACGCACAGACCCUUUGAAAGGCCGCCAUCUAGUUGCCACAGAAGACAUUCUCCCAGGAGAAGUCCUAGUGAAGGAAGAUGCUUUUGUAAGUGUCCUUAACCCAGGAGAAAUGCCACCACCGCAUCAUUGCCUAGAGAGCAAGUGGGACACCAGAGUUACCAGUGGAGACCUCUACUGUCACCGAUGUCUGAGGCACACCUUGGCCACAGUACCUUGUGGCAGCUGCAGCUAUGCCAAGUAUUGCAGCCAGGAAUGUAUGCAGCAGGCGUGGGACCACUACCAUAGCACGGAGUGUUCUCUAGGAGGGCUGCUCCUCACACUCGGGGUCUUCUGCCAUGUUGCCUUGAGAAUGACUCUUUUAGCCAGAUUUGAAGAUGUUAACAGAGUUGUAAGGAUGCUUUGGGACAAGGCUGGUAGUAAAGACGCCUGUUUACCUGAAAGCAAGAAUCUGGUCAAGACAUUUGAUUGCUCAAAUCAGGAAGAGAAUGAAGAGAACAGCAAGAUAGGUGAACCCCCAAUUCCUGGAUGCAAUGUCAAUGGGAAGUAUGAAAGUAAUUAUAAUGCUGUCUUCAGCCUUUUGCCCCAUACUGAAAAACAUAGCCCAGAACACAAAUUCAUCUGUGCCAUCAGUGUCUCCGCACUGUGCAGACAGCUCAAAGCCCAAACAUCCCCCAAGCUGAAAGCAGUGACUCCAGGGCUGUGUGCAGAUUUGACUGUUUGGGGAGUAGCCAUGCUUCGACACAUGCUACAGCUGCAGUGUAACGCCCAGGCCAUAACGUCCAUAUGUCACUCAGGGUCUAACGAGAGCAUCAUUACCAACAGCAGGCAGGUACGCCUUGCCACGGGCGUCUUCCCUGUGGUCAGCCUCCUGAACCACUCCUGCAGCCCCAACACCACUGUGUCCUUCACUAGCACCGUCGCCACCAUCCGGGCAGCACAGAGGAUCGCAAAAGGACAAGAGAUUCUGCACUGCUAUGGGCCUCAUGAGAGCCGGAUGGGUGUUGCGGAGAGGCGGCAGAGGCUGAGUUCUCAGUACUUCUUUGACUGCAGCUGUCCAGCCUGCCAUGCUGACACACUGAGAGCAGCCGUAGCGCCUAGAUGGGAAGCCUUCCGUUGUAACACUUGCAGAGUGCUCAUGCAGGGAAAUGAUGUGCUGAGCUGUAGCAACGAAUCUUGCACAAAAUCUGUCAGCAGGGACCAGCUGGUCUCUCGCCUGCGGGACCUUCAGCAACAGGUUGGCAUGGCCCAGAAGCUUCUCAGGAAUGGCAAACCAGAGCAAGCCAUUCAACAGUUGUUGGGGUGCCGGGAGGCUGCCGAGAGCUUCUUGUCCGCAGAGCACACCGUGCUGGGAGAAAUCGAAGAUGGCCUGGCACAGGCCUAUGCUACCUUAGGGGACUGGCUACGGUCUGCUGCCCAUGUCCGGAAGAGUCUCCAGGUGGUCGAAGCUCGCCAUGGGCCAUCCAGUGUUGAAAUUGGCCAUGAGCUCUUCAAACUGGCCCAAAUCUUGUUCAAUGGUUUGGCAGUGCCUGAGGCUCUGAAUGCCAUACGGAGGGCAGAAAAGAUCCUGUUGGUGCACUGUGGCCCCGAGAGUGCCGAGGUGCGGGAGCUCCAGGAGAUGAGGUCCUGCUUACUGGGCUCACCGUUCGUCCCUGCGGGGCCCUGGGUGUAGCGCGUACGUCCUCACCCUCAAGAAGGAGCAGUGAUGAUGACGUUCACUCAUGAAGUACAAACUAUGUGAGUACAAAGAAUGGAGUCAGGACUCUGCAGGGACUCCAGGAGGAGCCGUGGGUGUUGCUCACUGAGGCUCGUGGUUGCAUCUCCAGAUGCCCCUGACUGCUGUAGUUGUGGGCACUGCUGCCUAUGGUUUCUAAUCGAGACAGGGAAGGAUGCUGCCCUUUCUCCAAGGAUGGGCAGUGCUAGUCAGAACCACCAGGGACAGAUAGCUAUGUUUUUUUUUUUUUUUGACUCAUCCUUAGUACACUAUUGCUUGUGGCUAAUUUGGAUGAAUUAGUAGGAAAGAAGACCCAAGUCCACACGCUCUGUAAGUUCCCUAACGGUGCCCGAGAAGUAGCUGAUGAUUGCCAUGGCGUCACAAUCAGGAAGUAAGUAGCCCUGAAGACGCCUGGCAGCAACUUCUCAGAAAGCUGCCUGGUAAAAGACAGCAUUCAAACAUCUGUGGACCGGAAAAUGGGCAGCAUUGAUUCUCCUGCUGUCUAUUAACUCAUCCUGACAAGGAGGUGACCUGAAAGGUUUGUUUUGUUUUGGGUAGAGCUUUUUCAGGAGAAAAGUUUGUCCUACAGACAAUGCUACAGUUACUCCAGUCCAAACACAUGCCAUGCGUUUUGUUCCUAAAAGCCCUGACAUACUUUGUAAAAUAAGUGCUCUUCCUCAAAGGAUAUGUUUAGUGCUUUACAUAUCAAGCCUUAUUUUAUGCAUGGAAACUUUUUAUAGAUGCUUUGUAAGAUGGCUCAGUGGUUAAGAGCAUGUACCGCUCUUCUGGAAGUCCUGAGUUUGAUUCUCAGCAGCUAACACCAUCUGUUAUUCCAGUUUCUGGGAUCUGAUGCCCUCUUCUGGCUUAUGUGAGCACUGCAUGUACGUGGUGCACAGACAAAUGCAGGCAAAACACUCAUCAGA